AUGGAGAGCUGUUUAUUCUGCCGAAUUAUUAAAGGAGAGCUUGGGAGUGUUAUAUACGAAACCAGAAGACACGUGGUAAUUGCAGAUAUAAACCCUGUAAGCCUUGGUCAUUUGCUAGUUAUACCAAAGUACCACUCAGCACAGAUGGAGGGACUCCCUGAUGAGUAUUUAGAGGAGUGCCUGGUCUUAAUUAAAAAGAUAGUAUUACAACUGGGAAUACCUAAGUAUAACCUUCUACAAAAUAAUGGCCACAUUCAGUCUGUUCACCACGUGCACUACCAUAUUAUACCAUACUGUGAAAAGACCCAGGAAGGAUUACAAGUUGAGCUUAAGGUGUCCUCCACAGGAAAAGAAAGUCUUCCUACUAUAAUAGAGAGUUAUAAGAAAAAACUGCAAGUUCUGAAUAGUAAAUAG